CUUUCUUUCUUUUUAAAAAAAAAAAAAGUUUUUCUUGCUUUCCUAUAAUUCAUCUUCUUUUUUCUUCCUUCCCCUCUCUCUUUUUUUUUUAAAAAAAAAAAGAAAAUGGAAAAUAUAAACAAAAUUGAAGCAAAUCGUUACAGAAUUCAUCGUAGCACAAGCGACAAAACUUUAAAAAACUUUAACAAGAGAGCCUUGAUAACUGACAUUGUGAAGAAAUCAACUAACCCAACCUUUUUGAGCAAGUUUAUGAUCAAUAGACGUGAACCUAUGGUCAAUGCUCCUGUUUAUAUGAACUUGGUUAAAAAGGCUGAGACAUCCCCUAGUGCAAAUCCCGAUGAUGAUAUUACUGCGACGGAUAAAAAUGACAGUACUGUCACCACCACCACUAAUGCGGCCGCGGAAACAACAACUACCAAUGAUCAGAAAAAAACCUUGACUACAAAAGACACUCCUACCACCAUCGAUUCAGUAUCCGAAAUCACGACGAAAACGUCCGUUCCUGAGAAUACCAAAACGACAGUCAAAAGAGACAUUACCACUGUAGAUCCAUCAUCAACAAAAGUCGUUUCCGCUGCCGUCACCACAGAGGAGGAUCCCAGUAAUACAACCACUGUCAGUGAUACCUCGAAAGAACCCGUCACCACCACCACCACCACCGGUUCCAAAGCUACCACCACCGAAAAACCACCCGUCACCACCAUUGAACCUCUUGUCACCACUACCGAGGAACCUGUAGUUACCACAGAUCCACCCGUCACCACCACAAAGAAGCCUUCGGUUGUUGCUACAACGACGACUGAAAAACCUACGGUGGUCACAACAAAAGAGCCUGCCGUCACCACCAGUGACCUGCCUGAAAUUACGACCAAACCGCAACCAGUAGAGCCUGCGACUACCACUGCAAAGCCUACCACCACCGUGCCGCAAACCACAACCACAGCUGUCGCGGUACCAACAACAACGACGACUAAAAAACAAACGAGUGUUGUGGAACCCACGACCCAAGUUUCCAGUAGCGUAGUACCACCACCGCCCGUUGUCACCACCACUACAAAGAAACCCACUACGACCACGACCGUUGCUCCAGUGACUACACCCCCCAUCAUUGCUUCAACUACCACUACGGCUAGUAGUAGCAUUGCUAUCAGUAGUACGACACCUUUAUCGAGUAGUAGUCUUCCUAUAAGUAGUUCAGCAUUACCAGUCAGUAGUAGUAGUGUGAUUGCUCCCGUAGUUCCUUUAACAAGUGAUGUAUCAAGCUCAGCUCUAGUUUCUCCAACAGGAUCUCAUUCCUCGACAAUACCAUCAUCUACACUCGCAGCAAAUGGAGCAGAUAAUGAAGCUGGUGGUAGUACGAUUAAUAAAGGUGCAAUUGCUGGUGGCGUUGUCGGAGGUGUUGUGGGUGCAGCAUUAAUUGGUAAAAAAAAAAAAAAUCUUAUGUACAGCCAUGUGUCUAACUUUUUUUUUUUUUUUAAAAAAAAAAAAAAAUUAUUUAGCUGCCUUGUUAUUCUUCUUGUGUAGAAGAUCCAAUCGUAAGAAGGAACAACGAAAGAGUGGGGAUAAUGAUAUGUAUCAAUUUGCUGCUGAUGGACCUCAAGCUUAUGGUGGUGGUGGU